UGCCUGCUUCAAGUGCUUGAUUGCCAGCAGUAGCUAAUCGGAGUUGAGUUGUUAAAUGGGAAAUACACCCAUUUGUAUCCCAUUAUAAGACAAGUGUUGAGAUCUUUGUGAACUAGUCAUGGCAGACCCAACCACCAAGAAGCUCAUCAACAGCGUGGAUGCCUGCGUAGACCAGUCGCUAGAGGGUCUAGUGGCCAGCCAGCCUGGCCUCAGACUUCUCCAAGGUCACCGUGUGGUCAUCAGGGAGGAUAUUGAAGAGGUCAAAAAGAUGGGAAAGGUCACAAUUCUGUCCGGUGGCGGUUCCGGCCAUGAGCCCGCUCAUGCAGGUUUUGUUGGUCAGGGUAUGUUGAGCGGUGCUGUUGCAGGGUCUGUCUUCACCUCUCCGCCCCCCAACAGCAUCUUGGCGGCUAUAAGAGCUGUCGGCAAGAACAACCCAGCUGGUACGCUACUCAUUGUCAAGAACUACACCGGCGAUCGGCUCAACUUUGGUCUGGCGGCCGAGAGGGCCACAGCAGAAGGCCUGAGGGUUGGCAUGGUGGUCAUCGGGGAUGACUGCGCUCUGACAAGUAACGACAAGACAGCUGGUCGCAGGGGGCUGUGUGGAACCAUAUUAAUCCACAAGAUUGCAGGGGCAAUGGCGGAAGAAGGCCAAAGUCUUGAAGAGAUUGUGAAGACUGUGCAAUCAGCAGUCCAAUCCACAGGAACCAUUGGGGUGUGCUUGUACCCUUGCAGCCUGCCUGGUGCUGGGCAUUCGUUCCAUCUGGGCCACCAGGACUUUGAGCUGGGGCUUGGCAUCCAUGGAGAGGCUGGUGUCCAAAGGAUGCAGCUUUGUAGUGCAGAUGAGGUGGUGAAAACCAUGCUGGAUCACAUGACUAGCCCAACCAAUCAGAGCCGUCUGCCCUUGGAGACAGGGGACAAUAUUGCCUUGGUGAUCAACAACCUGGGCGGCACCUCCUACCUUGAGCUGGGAAUUGUCGCCAGGGCAGCACUCAAAUAUCUUGCAACUAAGGGUGUGUCUGUCAAGAGAGCAUUCUGUGGUACAUUCAUGACGUCGCUGGAAAUGGCUGGCGUUUCCGUGACCAUCAUGCAUCUAGACCUUGACGGGAUCCUAACCAAGUGCUUAGACCAGGACACAACAGCCCCUGCAUGGCCGAGGGUCUCUCUCUCAGGAAGUUCCGGUCUGGAGCUGAAUCAAGCGCCUCCUCUACCAGUUGACUCGGACACCACUGUCACCCCUGCAGAGGGCACAGAACCUGAGGUUUCCGAAGCUGAAUUUGGUGCCUUGAAGGCAGCAUUACACGCAGCUUGUGAUAGCCUGGCGGCCAGUGAGGACAGCCUAAAUGAGUUGGAUAGGGGAAGCGGUGAUGGGGACUGUGGAACGACAAUCAAGAAUGGUGUGCAGGGUAUUGUGUCCUGGCUGUCUGAGCUUUCACAGCCCAUCAGUCCAUCCUCCAUUGCCCUGAAACUCUCCUCAAUUGCCGAGACGCAUAUGGGAGGUUCUUCUGGGGCGCUGUACAGUUUGUUCUUCACGGCUGCUGCUACUGUUCUGCAAAGCAACACAACACCCUCUGGUUGGGUGAACGCCCUGAAGUGUGGCAUGGAUACGGUCUCCAAGUACGGAGGAGCCGAAGUAGGAGACAGGACAAUGCUUGAUUCACUGCACGCUGCAUUCACCGUGCUCCAGGGAGCAAAAGGAGAUACCAUUGACCAAGGCACCAUCAAGCAAGCUGCCGAGGCAUCGCGAGCAGCAGCAGAAGCUACGGCUGCAAUGGAUGCCAAGGCUGGCCGAGCAAGCUACGUCAGCAAGGACCGGCUGACCAGGCCCGACCCGGGGGCUAUGGCUGUGGCUAUCUGGAUGACAGCAGUUGCCAGUGCACUGCAGCCCAAGUAGAAGUUACAUCUGAUGAGGAAGCUGUUUCAGUGGCCGAGUCAUCAUCAAGCAUCAGCUUGAGUACCAGAGUUGUGACUCAGAACUCACCAGUGAGAGAUGAGGCCGAUUCAUGCCAUGUGCUCUGUGUAAAAGUUCCCUCUAAUUAGCAGAGAGGAGAGAGGCUGAUGGGGAAUGUUUCAACUCAGGAGACUUUUCGAAAGUGUGAAUAGGGGUGUAUCGGGGCAAAUAUAUCACUUUAUGGUGGGACCUCCCAAUGUAGCAAGAGUGGAGAUUUGGAAAGAAGUAUUGUACAAAUCUUGGAUCUCUCUGGAGUCAAUACUUGUAGUUGUGGAACCCCUCUUAGUUACAAAAAGUGGCUGCGGUAAAACUGCACCUGUUGCUACCUCACUGUGAAAUAGUACUACACGUUGUGGUAAAUGGACCGGAGUUCUGAACCAAUUCACUUUGAUUUUUCAAGUCCGGUUGCAUUUCCUAACAAAUCCGUUGUGUGUCAUGAGAGAGUUUAUUUUUAAUGUCUAGAGUAAUGAUUUUGUUAAUUACACGUGCAUCUUUAAAUAUGAAUUCCCAAGACUGAAAUGUGCUCUGUUCCUUUUGAUUCAGUGGCAGUGGGUUUAAAUUCAAUUAUCUAGCGUCUUUGUACCAUUCUCACCCACCGCAACCAGAGUGGCGGUGCUGGGUGUCUCUCAGGUAGCGACAUAGAAUUAACUUACCUCAAAUUCGUAUGAUUUGGCCACAGUGUCUUUGAUGUGACAGAUGAAACUUUCCAAUCUGUGAACUAGUGGGCCUGUCAUUUUACUAGAUAUUCUUCAAGUAUGGGCUUGCGGUCAGUUUGGGCGCUGGCCAAUUGCUGAUGACUUUUCACUUUUGAAAGUUGUUUUCUCCUAGAACUGGUCCUGAGAGUUGGGAAACUUUAAAUAAAGUUCAAAUUAUAAUAAUUUUUUUAAAAAAUGACAAUUCCGGUGCAUCAUUCCUUCUUUGUAUAUAGAACAUCCAGUGAAAGAAUCUCACAAUAGCCAGUGUAUAAUCUAUUUUUUAUAAUACUGAAUGGAAAAAAGCAGAUCAAAUAAAACGCAUUAUUACCUUA